AAAAUGGUUUGGUGUCGCCGUUUGAUGACGUAUUGAAUCCCAGUGACCGUGAGCUGUUUGACAUGUUGGAUGGAGAAGAAGCGUGCUGACAACAAAAAUGAUGAAUUUAGCCGCGUUAGUGCACAGCCUCAGGUGCUCUUUGCUGCACAUUGAAACCAGGCUUCUGCAGUCGGCCGGGCUAGACAGACACCUGGCUCCAGCGCUGGCAGUGAAUGGCCCCAGCCUCCUGCCUCAGCUCGACAAGGAGGAUGAGCUGGUGGAGCAGCAGAUCCCGGAGCAGCCCCCUGGCCUCCUAGACAGCAUCCUGUGGAUGGCAGCACCCAAGAAGAGACGCACCAUAGAGGUCAACCGCACCAGGAGGAGAGCUGAAGGCAAACUCCUAAAAGUCAAGACCAACAUCGAGCCGUGUCCAGAAUGUGGCCACUUGAAGCAGAAACACAUCAUGUGUGGCUUCUGCUAUGCUAAGGUGUGCAGGGAGACUGGUCUGAUUCGUCAACAGAUUAAAGACAUGGAAGGCGGCCCGCUGAGGGCCCCGACUGUGGAGACUGUCGUGCUGUAUGAGGGUGAGACACCAAGCCAGCAGGACAAAGACAAGAGGAUUGUGGAGAGGGCCAGGAAGAGGCCUGCCUGGUUCAGCUAAUGAUGCUGAGAUGUUAAGGCAGGUCUGGUCUCUGAUGCUUUAUUUGACAUAGUAAACAGCAGAUUGGGUCCAGUCUGUUAUUCAGUAAAUGAAAGUCAGUUUUGUUUCCAUAAAAGGAUUGUCUGAUCAGCAGUGAUACCAGGAGCCUUGAUAAAUACUGGCACAUCGGACAUACGUUUAUCUCUAUAACAUUAAUGUGUGGGUAGAACAAGUCUGAAGAUUGAGGGCUCACAACCACAAAGACUUCGGAGUUGUUGGUAUCAGACAUCAUGUUUUGUUUUGUUUUUUGGUCAUUGUUUCAACUAAUUUUCAGACUUAGAGAAAUUUACUGUAUAUUUGAAUGUUUGAUAAUAAAUUGAUUAUUUAAAAAAAAGAA